GUCAGAUGUUAGUGCAGUUAUUUAGACAGAUAGAGGAUUUGACCGGUCAGACUUGCUGAACCUUAUAAUGGCAGAGCGCUUAAACAUCCAUCUGCAAAAAUCCACCAAGGACAAACUUGACAAAUUCAAACAAAUGAGAGGGAAGAAAGUUCAGUCUGAUGAAUUCUGGGAUCUUGUGGUCAUCACUGCAGUGGAUGAGGACCAGAGGUCUGCUUAUGAAAUUCAGAUCACUGAAAAACUGGAGAGGAAAGAAUUGCCUCUUGGCAUCAAUUAUCAUGUGUUUGCAGAUCCUCCAGGAUGCAAGAUUGGUAAUGGUGGAUCCACUUUACAUUCACUGCAGUGCCUACAUGAUAAAUAUGGCAAGUCGCUGUCAGGAUUUAAAGUCAUCCUUAUUCAUGCAGGAGGAUUCAGUCAACGUUUGCCCAGUGCCAGUGCCCUGGGUAAAAUACUCACAGCUGUGCCCCUGGGAACCCCUUCAUAUCAAAUGCUGGAGCUCAAACUCGCAAUGUAUGUUGAUUUCCCCUCACACAUGAAGCCGGGAAUGCUGGUUACCUGUGCUGAUGAUAUAGAGCUCUACAGUGUUUCUGACCAAGAGAAUGUGGUGUUUGAUAAGUCAGGUUUUACUGCCUUAGCGCAUCCCUCCCCUCUCUCUAUUGGUACCACUCAUGGAGUUUUUGUUCUUGAACCAGCAGAGACGCCCAGAAUUUGUGAUAUGGAAUACAGAACUUGCUCUCAAUUUCUGCACAAACCAAGCAUCGAACAGAUGUUUAAAUGCAAUGCCGUGUGCAAGAGGGAAGGAGAGGAGUUUGUUUACACUGACAGCACUUACUAUUUUGAUUAUGGGACUGCUAUGACCCUGCUGACCUUGUUCAGUGAAAUCAGCCCUCUGACAUGUGAAAUCGAUGCUUAUGGAGACUUUCUUCAAGCCCUGGGGCGACGAGCAACUGUGGAUUACACGGAAAACAUUGCCAACGUCACAAAGAAGGAAAGCGGUCUCGUUGAGAUUCGCAGAAAGAUUUUCCAUCGUCUCAAAGGCACAAGACUCAACGUCAUCCUGUUGAACAACUCCAAGUUUUAUCAUGUCGGCACCACAGAGGAAUACUUGUUCCACUUCACCGCUGACCCCUGUCUCAGAGCAGAACUCGGCCUGCUCUCUGCUGCCUUCAGUGUGUGCGACUUGGAACCAUCGGAGAAAACUAGAGUUUGCGUGACACACAGCAUCCUGCAUCCCAGUGUGAGCGUGUCCCAGGGCAGUGUUGUGGAAUACUCCAGACUGGAGGCUAGAGUUAAAGUCGGAAGUAGGUCUAUCAUCAGCGGCUGCUGGAUUGGCACGGAUCUAACAGUGCCGAGUGACACCUUCAUACACUCUUUGUCUGUAAACCUGGAUGGAAAAACGGGUUUUGUGACGGUGGUUUUUGGUGUUAAAGAUGAUCUGAAGAAAAGUGUAUCCAGUCCUGCUCAUAUAAAAGCAUUGAGCUUGUUUAAGGUUAAUCUGGAAGACUGUGUUGGACACUGGGGUUUGUUUCCCGAGAAGGUCAGGUUCUCAGGAGACACAUCUAUGUGUAGUUUGUGGAGCGCCUGCAUUUUCCCAGUGUGCUCCAAUCUAAAGGAUUCAUUUGUGAUGUCACUGGGGAUGUUGAAGGCACUUGAUAGUGGAACCAGUUUCACACUACCAAAAAAAGCCAUACUAACCUCUUUACAAGAAACACUGCAGAACAAGAACCUGGAGGAAAUGCUGAAAUUUAGGAAAGAACUUUAUGAAGAUAUUCUUAGGGGUGAAUUUAAGUAAUUCGGUCUGAGCAUGUGUGUAAAUUAUCAAUAAUUUCAUUGCAUAUACUGCUCAACAAAGGCAAAGCCUUGUAAGUACUGAAACAAUGUCUUCAGCAUUGUUUUUACUAAAUUGAUUUGAGAUCAGUUUUCACACACUGUUUUCUCUAAAUCUGAGCAAACCGUAUGCCACAGGAGAGAUAGUCCUGAUUUUGGUAGGUAAUUUGAACAAAUUCGUACAACCUUACUCGUACGAUUUUGUAUGAUUUUUGUGCCAGUUCAUUUUAGGGGCGGGGUUAGGUGUGGUCCUUCGUACAAAUUCCUAUGAAUUUGUCACCUCAUAAAUACAUACAAUUUUUCACAAAUUCGUACGAGGUCGUACAAAUUAGCCACCUUGUCAAAAAUGCACAAAUUGCUGUGAGAUCAGGUUAAAUCUUAAAUUGCCCAUAACAAACACUAUAGAAAUACCAAGACACUCACAUUUCUACAAAUGGGAGAAAGUGCAACAUGCAGUAUGGUAGAAUAAGUCCCUCCUUCUGAAUAAAAGAGCCAAUCGGCAGUUAGUAAAGUCAUGUGUCGCUGCAGCUGCCAUUAAGAGUUUCGUUUGCCAUAGAAACAGUCAUUGUCCUGAGAUGCACAUGCAUGCUGGCUGGGCCAGUCUGGAAUAUGUGACCCUGGACCACAAAACCAGACUGUCAAUUUUUGAAUAAAUGAAUAAAUAAUCUUUCCAUUGAUGUAUGAUUUGUUAGGAUAGGACAAUAUGUGGCCGAGAUACAACUAUUUGAAAAUCUGUAAUCCGAGGGUGCAAAAAAAUCAAAAUAUUGAGAAAAUCGCCUUUAAAUUUGUCCAAAUGAAUUCUUAGCAAUGCAUAUUACUAAUCAAAAACGACGUUUUGAAAUAUUUACAGUAGUAAAUUUACAAAAUAUCUUCAUGGAAUACAAUCUUUACUUAAUAUACUAAUGAUUUUUGGCAUAAAAGAAAAAUCUAUAAUUUUGACCCAUACAGUGUAUUUUUGGCUAUUGCUACAAAUAUACUCCAGUGACUUAAGACUGGUUUUGUGGUCCAGGGUCACAUAUAAGCUUUUUUCAUGCUAUUUGAGCAUAAGAAACAACUUUUAUGGAACAUUUUGUGCCACUUUUUGUUGCUAAUUUGAAAUAUGUUAUUUAAAUGUCAGUGUGGCAAGCAGUUUUUUGGAUUUCAGGACUUCACCAUUUGAGUUGAUAGGAUUUGCAUGUCCAAAAUAGCUGCCUUUGGGCAUUGCAAAUAUGGCUGCUGAGUGAACAGCCUAUGCCUGUAAUAACAUUCUAUUUUGUAUGCCAAUUAGUAUUUGUAUACCAAUAGUUUUCUGUAGCACUAAUUCACUUAAUGGUUGCACCAAACCUAGCCAGUGUUUUUCUUUUUUUAAGAUUUAUUUUUGCCAUUUUUGCCUUCAUUAGGAUUGGACAGUAUUUCAGACGGGAAGCGAGAGAGAGGUGGGACGUCGAACUCGUGACGCCCAAAGCGCAAUGGUGCUAUAUGUUGGUACGCUGCCCACAAGGCUAUUUGCGCCGACGUCAGUGUUUUUCAAUUC